GAUUCGUUAUUAUCCGCAUUCGCGUGAGUAACAAUUUUCGUCAUGUUCGAUCUUGAAAUUUUACUCCCAGCGCACGUAAAGAAGUUUCAUUUCAAUAAGUAAUAGUGUUUAUGUAUAACAUUUAAGAACAAAUUAAGUUAUUGAUACUGAAAAUAUAAAGUCCGGUCGGCGACAUCAGAGAGAACGUUAUUUUGUUUUGAAUUUUUUUAUUUCACGUUUAAUUUUGGUGUUUGAAUUUACUUUGUGCACACUCUAAAGUGUAGGUAUUUUACCUAAUGUUACCGUAUACAACAAAGUGGUUUGAUCAGCUACGACUCCGAGAUAAAAGUAUCACCUAGUAUUUAUUUACUUGCCGUUUAUCGGUUUACAAUUAAAGUGCUAUCAAUGUAUAUUGUAUACAAUGUAUAAGUGGGAAUCGGGGAUUUCACAAUAAUGCGGGGGUUUCAAAAACAAUUACAAAAUAACAUAUCGAUUGUAUGAGUAUUAUGGUGAAUCAGACGAGAACCGGAUUUUAAGUGUUGGUCCGCGGAGUCGGACAAUCGGCGAAAGGAACGCGAAAGCCGGACAGCACGUCGGGAAAAUUAUUAGGUUUUUGUCGCUUACGCGGUGCCAGUUGAGUUUGAUGGACGCCGGAGACUCAACGUGGUCGUGGUCGGCGCGUCGCGGAAUGACCGGCGUGUUGGCCACGAGGUGGAUCCGUAAAUUAAAUUGGUAAAUUAAAAUGCGUGUUAUCGCAAUUAAGAUAAAAAGACACUAUAUGUAAUGCAUUGUUGCGCACCGUUCUUGAAAACAAAAUAUUCUUGAACGUUAUCAGCGUUUUAGGCAUUAAAAACAGUUGGGUGCACUAUUUUUUUCUAUUUUUUUUUCUCUACACUAGUACAAUAUUACAAUAUAUCACAAUAUUAUAUUAUACUAUUACAAUUAUACACGCCCAAUUAAAAUAAACCGAAAACACAAAAUAAACCCUGACGCCAUAGUUACGAAUAGUUACGAAUAUUAUUUACAGUUUUAAACAUUUUAGUUUUAUAUAUGAUAUUCAAAUUGAAAGAAAAAAAGUUAAAUAAUUUUAAAUACAAUCUGCGAGUCUACCUAUCACAAUGUUAACGCCACAGAAGAAAAUUGAAGAACUAUGCAUAAGAUUGGAGUUUUUAUCAAAACUUGUUCCGUGUUCUUCUUUUGCGAAAUCGGAACACGCGAUUUUAUUAAAAGGAAUACAAUCGCUUCUAAGUAAGUGUCUGAAACCUGUUAUUAUUCUUUUUUACACGGCGGCGAAGGCGCAGCUAAUGUGACAAUUCUGGGGGGGGGGGGCUAUAGCCUUUAUUUAUAUUUGCUUAAAUUUGAAAACAUAGUAUUAUAGUCAUUAAAUCAAAAAACAUAAUUAUUAAAAAUAUUAAUAUAUCUAACUAUAUUCGUCGUAACUUAGGGGGGGCUAUUUGGAAAACUGAAAGGGCUUAGCUCCUCCAUCCCAAGCCCCCCUAGUUGCACUUGUACACGGUGUAAUUUAAAAUUAGUACCUGGGAUUUAACUGUUGUUUCAAAUAUUAUUUCAACAUCUCAAAUAUAAUCAAAUGUACAACUAUUAUACCUAUUCUGUGUCACAUGCCUACCCUAUAUCAAAAACAUUUAUUACGAGAAUUAUUCUUAUGAAAGAUUAUCGCCGGGUAUUAUUGCUACAUGUUUAAGUAAUACACUACCACCACUGAAAAAAUAUUUUAAAAAAACCAUUUUUAUACUUUUCUAUCACAAUAUUAAUUUUGCCAACAAAUGUGAUAAUGAAAUAAAAUAACGAAUACACUACUUCAGAUUUUGAGCGGAGCGAGGAAUGUAUUGGUUUUACAAUGAUGUUCCGAUUACAAUUUUGUUCCGAUUUUCAAGUGUAGCGCUUAUUGUGAAAGGAAAUUUUACCAGGGGGGGGGGUACUUAAGGAAGAUUUUUUUUUGAUUUUCCCACCUGUUUUCACAAUAAAUGGGAAAAACGUAGGAAAAACCGAUAAAUGUACGAUAUAUAUAUAUCGAUAUAACACGAUAUCGUGUUGCUAUAGUUGACCGUUUCACUUCAACACAAAUCAAAUUCACUUAAAAUCCUCUAAGAUAAUUGCUGGUUCAAGAUAAAAAAAAUCACCUCGUAUAUGUUGUACCUAUACUGCGUUACUGACUGUUUAGUGAAAUAGACAACGUCUAUACCCAUUUCGCUUAAUGAAAUCGCGGUUUCUCCACUUUGGUACACCGUAAUUACACUAUUAUUACUAUUAACAUUACGUGAAAUUGGUACUACUAGGCGGCUGUACAUAGCGGAACUUGAUUAUUCAUUUGGAUGUCCAUGCAGCGAAACAAUAAACUCUACUUUUUAUGAUAAUGAUGGAACGUAAUUAAAACGCUGCGCGCCGUGACGCUACACACACGAGGCACCGCUACAAUAGCGGUGAAAGUACCUCACUCUCCCCACCGAAAUUCAAAAGUUUCGUUAACGGGUUGACGGAAAUUAAAAACGUCAACACCAAAAAAUGAUUUAAUCUAUUACCACAUUCAUUUAUGAAAUGUUUAAUAUAAGUUGCUAUUUGAAUAUCAAAAGUAGGUCUCAAUAACUCUCAAUAACUUCUUGAAAUAAGAGAGAACAAAAAUAACCGUAAAAUAAAAUUGUAAUGUCACUUGUUUUAAAAACAAAUUCUUAAAAAGUUAAUAUUUCCCGGGACAAUAAGUGUCUUACGUUAUGUUGAUAACUCUAUAGGUAUACCAUACAUAGUUCAUCAAUAUAUCUAACAGGAAUGUGAAAAGUGACUAUUAAAAAUUAUAAUUUCAACAAAAACAAUUGCUAAUUAAUAUCAAAUCGUUUUCCAGAAACGUUAAGAAAUAUCGUCGGGGAAGAAACUUAUUUAAAUGUAUACCAAAGUAAUUUGAGAGCUAUGCCAGUUAAAAAAGUAACUGACAUUAAAAAACUAUUGACCAAUAAAGACACAGUUAUACAUUCAGAACAAAUGAUUGAAAAUUGGAAUACUUGUUUACAAACGGUAAAUGUGCUGUGUUCGCAGUGUUGUUAUAAUUUGCAAUAUACGACAAUAAUAAAAAUAUAAUUUUACAAUAUUUUGAAAACUAAAUUUAUUCUAAUGUGUGAAUCUGUAUAUUAUAGAGACUGUUUCAAGAAUUUUUGUAUGAGAAAUCGCAACCGGUAUUUGCUGGGCCGAACGAAGAGAUAGAUUUUUGGAACUUGAUGUAUAUAAAGUACAAUCGUGUAUAUCACACUUUUGACUCUGAAAUGUUAAUAUUUGCAGAGACGUCAUUGGC